AUGUCAAGGCCAAAAAGACAGGCCACCAUCAACAAGUCGUACACCGACACGAUAGACGAGUCGGUGUUCCAUGAACGAGUCAAGAAACCCCGGCCAGCUGCUCCAAUGAGUGAUAAACCAUCCAAAUCUACCAGGGAUUCCACCUCACCGUCCGUCGGGUUGGGUGCUGACAAACCUAUUCUGCCGCCACCAGGCAAGAACUCCACGCCCGCCACCGCCACUGUUACCAUCGUGCCAACGGCACCGGCCUCAUCCUCCCAAGAACGAGUCAAUUGGCAGCCAGUGCCCCAGCCUAUCGACUAUUUUUCGUGCAAACUCAAUCUUCACAACUCCCACAUCGACUUGGAUACCAAGACGCUCGUAUGUCCGGCACAGCCAGUGUUGGAACACCAGUACAGUGCCAUGCCUAAGCAGUCCAAGAAGUUCCGCCUCCAAAAGGGCGAUUUCAUCUAUAUGAUUAGUGAACCUCCUGGAGAGCCAUACUACAUUGGUCGGAUAAUGGGAUUUAAACCCAAACCCAAACCUGGGGCCACUCCCCCACAAACAGGAAUUGUGCCGGAGGUCCUGGUACGUGACUUUGAGUUCCAGGUCCAGUGGUUCUACCGUCCUAGAGACAUCUCCAAGCCGUCUCCCGAUUCACGACUUUUAUUUGCAUCGAUGCACACAGACACAUGCCCACUCCACAGCUUCCGGGGGCUUGUGGACGUGCGCCACAAACAAGACAUCGAAAAUCUCGACGACUUCAUAAAGCGGCCCAACAGUUUCUUUUUCGAUAAGCUCUACGAUCGGUACAUGAUGAAAUUCUACGAUGUGAUCUCCACCCUCUAUUUACUCAAAAUCUCCAACAACGACAAAAGUGCUCAUUUUCUUACCGCCUUGAACAAGAGGUUCGACUACAUCUUCAUCGAGCUGCAAAUGACCAAGUUCUUGAUCAAUGGCUUCCAGUCGGGCUCGUGCACCUGUGAAAAUUGUGGUCAGUGGUGUUCCACUCAGGAUAGUGUCACCUGUGCUGACUGUGACCAGUUCUUCCACCUCUACUGCCUUGACCCGCCGCUCCUCAAGAAACCCAGCCGUGGUUUCAGUUGGCACUGUGAAUCGUGCACCAAGAAACACCUUCAGCAGUAUAAGAGCACGCGGAUUCUCAUGUUGGGUAGUGACAAUAAGCUGCUGAACGAGAGCGAAUUGAGUGAUGGUAUGGAUAUUGAUACCACCGACGAUCCCAUCGACCGCCUGGAGUCUGAAAGGGCCGACGUCUUGCCCAAGUACGAGCUUAUGGCCAUAGAGUUUUUGAAACAUGAUAAGCUCUCACUCGCAGACCGUCGGCUUAAGGAAGAAUGGUGUAUGCGGUAUUUGGGAAUCCACAGUAAGCUCGAGGAUGCCGUAGACUUGGACGACCGUUCGUUCUAUCCACGGGCAGCCACUCGGAUUGGAGCCAAACACCAGGCCACGCAUAUCCCUGAGUUUAUUGACCAUCCCAUUGUGUACUACGAUGCGGCCGAUGCCAGUGGGAAGAAAAAAUCCAAAGCCAAGUUGGUUGAGGGAGCUCCUUUACCGGUUCCGCCUGCUUAUGGUGAAGUGCUGACCAAGGAGUACCCGGUUUGGUUACAGCCUCGACCCAAGGGGUAUAUUGAACGAGGAGUAGACGAUGGUGAUUGUGCGACGGUGCACAAAACAUGUACGCUUCUUUGGAAACCGAUGGAGGAAGAUGUUGACGAUAACUUUGGCAAGCUUGAUCAGUACGUGGCCCAGUGUGCGCCUAUUGCCGAUAAGUUGGGCUUAUCACCUAAUUCUCCCAAUUUCAUGGAUAGCAUCUUGAAUAACUACUUCAAGCACCAAGGAGACUACCUCAAAGCCAUGGACGACCUGAUGAAAAUCACAAAAAAACUGUUGCAUGAGCCGAUAUUGACCGCUAAGGAGAUCCAGAAGUUUGAAGAGGGGGUCAAGAAGUACGGGUCGGAGUUGUACCCGAUAUACAAGAUGGUCAAAACGGUUCCUUGUGCUAGCAUAGUCCGAUUCUAUUACCUCUGGAAAAAGAGCGAAAAUGGACGUUUGAUUUGGGGCAAUUUUGAGGGCCGGAUCAAGAAGAAGCUCCAAAACCUACAGAACGAAAGCAAGGACUCAAAGUCCAAGCCUCAGUUCUUUAAUGAAGACGACGAUUCGUGCUACGACUUGGCAAAAGCAGAGCACAAGACGUUUGUGUGUAAAUACUGUAGUACCACAUCCAGUACUCAGUGGUUCCGCAUCACCGGCCAUGAUAAUGCCAGCUCGAUCGAACUCACGGGCUUAUGUUUCAGAUGUGCCAGGCUUUGGAGAAGGUAUGCCGUGAUUUGGGAGGAUCCUAUUGAGGUAGAGCGCAAGAUCAAUAAGAACGGGAAACGGAAGAUUGAGUACGAAUUAUUGAGGGAUGCUGAUGCCAUAUUGAUCCAUACCACCGGAAGCCCAGGACUCUUUGUGGAGGAGAAGAAGAAGGAAAAAUCCAGAAAGAGACCAAGUCCCCUGCCUCAGAGCGACACUCCUAAAAAGCGUAACGUCAAGAAAAAGCCUGAAGUAGAAGUCAACAAAGAAGAUGGUAAGAAGAAGAAACCCGAAAAGAAACCUGUCAAGAAACCCGAACCAAAGGUGAAAGAAGAGACUCCCGAACCAGAAAAAGAACCGUUUGAGCACGAACAUAUCAUCAGUCCUAUAGUCUCUAAAGACUACAAAAUACCCGAACAAUUGAAGUUGAUGCUAACCAGCAAACCAGAUAAUAUUGAUGAUAAAAAGGUGUCAGACUUACUCCAGAGCUUCAAGAUUAAACAGCUUUGUGAUUUGGCCAAUCUCAUUAACCACGAGACUUCACCACCAGGUCUUCAAGCUCAUCAACAAUGCUCUGUUUGUUCUGAUUCGAGUGAAGACGAUCUUUUACAGUGCGGUAAAUGUCUAAUCGCCGUGCAUUCUUGGUGUGUGGGCAUCACCGUUCCAGCUGCUGUUAAGCCUAUAAAAGAAUGGCUUUGUGAAUGUUGUGUUAACGAGUUGAACCCAAUUUUCCAGCAACAGUACAAAUGCUGUCUCUGUACAACUCCCGGUGGGUUCCUCAAACCUAUCCAGGACUCGGGAAAAUGGUGCCAUAUUCUCUGUGCCUUCUCCAACUAUCAACUGGUGGAGUUCAAGCCAGUGGCCCAAUUGAACCAAAUCAACCCUAAAAAAUAUCUUACUGCUAUCAUGAACUCCGACGAUUCAAGAGCCAAGGCCAAGAUGACGGUCGAGCUCAUCACCAAUACUUUUGAGAUCCGAAACGUCGAUAUGGUGUUGUUGAAAAGUCGUAUUCCUUGCUCUGUGUGCCACAAAACCGGUGCCAUUUCCAACUGCCACGACUGUGACAAGCCUUUACACAUCAACUGCAACUCCAAUUUGGGGUUCAAGUUGGUUGCAGGGGAAUCUAAAGUCAAAGUUGAUGGGAAAACCGGAAAAUUGGAGCCUGUUUUAUACUGUUCUGACCAUCUACCUCCAUCAUCAAUUCAUUCCAUUGCAUACCAAGGCAAACGAAGCUAUUCCAGCAAAGAACCACAUCCAUUGAUCAAACUAUUCACCGAAGAUAUUCUCAAGUCCAGUAGCCACAAGAAUAAUGGCAACUACUUAAAAGCCACCCGGUACUUAGAGCUAGUAAGAGGUCAUUUGUCGGAAGAAAAACAAGAAGAACUUGAGGAAUCAUCUUACACCUGUGCCAAAUGUGACACGAGAAUGUCACCUAUAUGGCGAGACUCUGACGAUAAAAAGAUAUGCCAAACGUGCUACCACAACAACCGGUCCAGUGAAGAAGACUCUGUGAGAGAACCCAGCACUGACACCGAAGGGUUUACUGCUGAUGAGUUUCUACAUGUUAUCAACGAGCCCAUAAGCGGGGAGCAGUUCGGGAUAUUGGACCACCACGAUAAAGUGACCAAGGUCCAUGUUCCUCUUUCUCUAGGCGACUUUGUUCCAUAG